AUGGUCCUGAUGGAUCCAUGCACUGUUUUGGAGUUCUUCCUCUUCUACGGGCUCUUUGGUGCCCUGCACGAGGUUGGACAUGUCCUGGCAGGGCUGAUGGUGGGCUGCCGCCCAGCCGCGACCCUUCGGAACUUCUUGGCGGCGGCUACCUCACGGCAGGUGUGCAUUGAGACCAAGGGUUGGAGCACCACUUGGGUGCGCCACGCUGGAUGGGUUGUCUCUGUGGUGCUCGCCGCCGCUGUGCGCUUCACGCCCAAGGCCUCCAGCAUCGCCUUCUACGCAGCUCUCGUCACGGCUUUGGAGGCCUGUCUGUCCGACCUCUUACAACUGCCGAAGUGGUCGAAGCCAGGUUCGUUUGGGAGUUGUAAAAGUUACAUAAAGUUACCACCGAGAAGUCGCCGAAACUGUAGCCGGAACAUGCCGGAACUGGAGCCCAGGAAGCCGGGAUGCUUCUCCUGCGGCAACUUCGGCAUCGUGAUCCUCAAUGCUGCCUGGACCGCCGCACCCAAGAAGAUGAAGGACAUCCUUGAGGCAAUGGUGGAGGUGACCAUGAUGCGUGGGGCGCAGAGCGGCGGUGUCGUCACCUUCACAGGCAGUGGUGACCUCAUGGGUGCCCGGGCUCGGGUAGUGAAUCAGAAGCGCACGACGCUGUCUUCGCUCGUGCGCCGAAGCCUCGACUCCACCGAGCGUUGGGCGCGGCUCCGACGAGGCCUUGUGGCUCGUGGGCGGCUCUACAUGGGACAUACUCGUUUUGCUACCAGCUCCAAAGCCACUUUGGAGGGCACCCACCCACACCGGUGGACCCCGCCGCAGAAACACGACGUGUAUGUGGGCUGGUCUCAAGGCCGGCUGACAAAUCAACAGAAGCAGCUGGAGAUCUUCGUCACACACAAUGGAGACCUGGACUACUUUGAUGUGGGGCAGAUCACUUACGACCUUGGCACCAUCCAGUCCUGGCUGGAGGUUGCCACCGGAAUCCCGAGGCCCUCAGAGGUGGAUUCAGCGGCCAUCGCGGGGAUCAUGGACCUGCUUCGCACACAGGGCUGCCUUGCCCGCAGCGUGCGCUUCGGCUUCCUUUUCGGCGUAAAGCGGAAGUCGCUCAAGUACGAGAUGCCCCCGCAGAACCUGUUCAAGCAGAUCGGUCAGGUGAUCAACAGUGUGCUGCAGAAGCAUGGCAUCGAGCAGAAGACUGUGGGUGUCCUGAACGACGGCAGAGACCUGCUGCGCCAUCUGUCCGUGGAGGCAGUGCAAAGAGGCGUGCAAGGCUGCAAACUCAAAAUCCCAUUGGAAGAGAGCGACGUGGAGAAGAUGGUGAACUGCGCUGUGGAUGCCUUCUUCGACAACGACCUCCUCUUCGCUACACAGCUCUUUAUGCGAAAUGCCAAGGGCUCCUUCGGGCUUUGCGUCACCUCGUCCCUGGAUGCCGGCCGCCAGAUGGUCAUUGCAGCCCGCGGUCAGACCAUGUCGGUUGCCUUUUACCCGGAGACAGGCCUGAUCCUUUAUGGCUCCGAGGCUGCGGCCGUCAAGGCCGGCAUGGGCAAGGACAUCCCCGCUGCCGGGAACGAGGAACAGCGACAGCGAAGGUCGCGGCGUGCAAGCGCAGUGUUCGGGCUGGCCGCAGGCAAGCUCGAUCUCAGCCAGGAAACCCAGGAAGUCGCCCCACUGGAUGGCAGCAUGCAGCUCGGACCAGAGUCACAGCUCAACGAGGGUCCCGCGAUGCGGUUGGACCUCGACGACUUGGGUGGAGAGAUUUGCCUGCUAGACUGGGGCGAGGGUAUGCCCUUCACCUCCUUCAACCACCGCACUCUUCGGCCAAAGGUGCUGAUGAACAACGCCUUGACCGUCACGCUGGUGCGAGAAAGCUAUCUGCAGAAGAGCUUGAUGAAGCGCCUGGUAGCCAUCGAGAACAAUCCACUUGUGCUGCCGCUGCCCAAAAACAAUCCAGAGCCUGUUGCCCAGGACAUCCAGGACAUACCAAAGGCCUUGGAGAGAAUCCAGAAUGAUUGGAACCUCGGCCGGGGCCUGAAUCGCUCGGCCGCCUGGGCCUUGGGCCGCGCUCUGCGUGGCCGGCUCCAGGAUAAGUUGGUUGGCAAAGUGGCGCCCGAUGCUGUGGACCUGCUCAUUAGUGGCUGUGAGGUCAGCUUGUGGUUGGGUGAGCAGCUGGCCGCAGACCUUUCACUGUGCUUCAAACGCCUGGUGGUGAGGUGCAUCUCGAGCAACAAAAUUUUGGGAAUGCACGGCCUGGAAUGUCCGAUGCCCCUGACGGGCUUCGCAUGUGGCUCCUGGGAGCUGCGUGGCGCCUGUGUGCUGCUGAUAAGUCACAGCGGCGGUAGCUUCUCCACUUUGAACAUCUCCAAUCUCCUUCAAGCUGUUACCAGGCAUCUCUUCGUGGUCACUUCGGAGUGGGACACGCAGAUUGGCAAGCAACUGCGCCAGCUGGACGAGACCAGCCGCGUCUUUAGCACCGACAUCGGCAUCCGGCCUGCAGAGCCUUGCUCUAUCUCCGUAGCUGCUACACAGCAGUUGCUGACGCAGAUUCUCAUCUAUCUUUCAGCCACGCUCUUGGAGGACCGGGAGCUCGGCACCGCUGCCGGUGCCGUGGUGCGCAACACUGAUUUGGCAGAGCUGCAACGCCUCAACCGCCUAAGCAUCUCCGCGCUCGAGGAACUCGUGCGGCCCUGGACGACAACGGCGAAGCAGCUGCGGGCCAAGGGACGACACUGGGCGCAGCACGUGCUUGAAGGACCACGAGCUUGGAUCAUUUGCGCCAUCUACAUUGCCGUGACUGUUAGCCUUGGCCUGGCACCUUUGAGCACCGCUACACGUCGUUCAGGGCUGCUGGAGGUCUCUGAGGACUUGAUCUAUGCCGCCCAAGUGCUGGAUGCUGUCCUGUACAUCUUCCUUCCCCAACUGGCGGUUCUUCUGAUCCGAUUGCUCCAGCGCCGACCGCUGCUCCACCGCAUGACGGGCCGCACAGUCGUCAUCGGUGAUAUUCCCUGGGUGGCGCAGACUGCGGAAGCGUUCCUUUCAAAGCUCAUGGCUUGCUCCUACUCCGCAGCUGGGCUCACGGUCUUCUCGGGAAACCCUGCGGACCACCUCCUCCACCGCAUGACUCAUCGGGUGGUGCGUGGCACGUUAUUGGCCUGCGGCCGGCCGGACGGGCGCCUGGUUGCCCUCAGCAAUGCGGAGCAGUCCGUCUGCCUGGCUGUGAACCAGGCGAGCUCCAUCCAGUCCAUGGGCGCCACCCUUGAGAGCCUCACCAUCGGACACAACCCUUAUCAGCUCCCCCUGGCGACGCACUCCGUGACUCUGCAGUUCGACCGCCCACAGUACCUUUGCGAGCACCUCCAGAAGACAGAACUCCAGGCCCAGAGUGCGACGGCCUUGCUGGGCCAGUUCUCCAAUGUGAAGAUGGAGCUGAGAAGUACGUCGAAGGCAUCCAGUCCAACCGAUGAGGAGAUGCCCACGUGGCUACAGGAUGAUGUUUUCCUUCGCAUGCAGCACCAGGUAUCCGAGAGGAAAAAAUCCAUAGAUCGCCUUCAAGACAUGCAGACGCUUGUGGAUAGCCUCCCUUUGGACAACGAUGGGCAGGUUACCUUCAAAGAUUUCGAGAAGGGCUUCCGGCUGUUGCGGGAGGACAAGAUCGAUCGCAAAAGCCUCUUGCGGGUCUUCGAACGUUUCGAUGCGAACAGCAAUGGGGCAAUCUAUCCGUCAGACUGCAAAGCCAUCUACCGUACGAGCUUUGCCGGGCUGCUCGCGCUUGCCGAGGGCACAGCAACAGCGACAAAGGUAGGACUCAUGAAAGUGGUGGAAUCCGCGGAGGAUAUCUUCGGCAUAAGUCUCCUGCGCAACGCAGAGUCAUCGCAGUCUGUUCAGAUCAUUGAGACCCAGUUCCUGUCCAUGCAGCUGUAUGAGAGCCGUAUCGCCUCGCUACAUCGUGCUGUGGCUUUCUUCGUCAUGUUUCAUGAGAUGGGAAGGUCCAUCGCUAGGUUUUGGCCUUGGGUCAGCUUCGGCAUCCUGCGCUAUCGUAUGGACCGCACCCAGUCCAUCAUGCGCAUCGCUACAACGGCAUCUCCCGUGUCAGGUGCAGAUGUGCGCCACAAAAUGCAUGAGAUCAAGUCCGAGCAGCAUCUUGAUCUCAUCAAAGGUCUAGUUGACAACAUGGUCAGACGCUGGCGUUCGCGUCAUUCGAUGGUUCACCAUGAGUUUUAA